GCGGGUGACACGGUGACACCGGCACCCUGCCCCGGAUGCCGGCACCCUGCAAUCCGGCAGCGAAGGCGGCGAUUUCCCAACCGGCACGUGAGGCAAAGCCACCGACCCCCCCGCGGGGUGACAGCCACCGAGGAGCGGGGCCGUCGGGAAGCCCCGCGCCAUGACGCCGCCGAGCCGGAUCCUGCUCCCGCUGCUGCUGCCGGCGCUGCUGGCGCUGGGCCCUGCCACGCCGUGCUCCCCCCGCCCCAACGCCACCCGCUUCGUCUGCACGGAGCCCACCCUGAGCACCUUCCCCGCCGGGCUGCCCCCCACCACCGCGGCUGUCUCGGUGGAGUUCACGGCGCUGGCCGCCCUCGUCCCCGCCGCCCUGGCCGGGCUGCCCCGGCUGCAGGAGCUCCACCUCUCCUCCAACCGCCUCGCCGCGCUCCCCGAAGGCCUCCUGCGCCCCGUGCCCGCCCUGCGCGUCCUCGACCUCACGAACAACCUCCUGGCCGAUCUCCCCGCCGACGUCUUCGCCGCCGCCGGCCGCCUCCGGCACUUGGUGCUGCAGGGGAACCGGCUGCGGGCGCUGCGGCCCGCCUGGUUCCGGCACCUUCCCCGGCUGCGGUGGCUCGACCUGGCCGCCAACGAGUUGGCGGAGGUGCCGCCAGAGGUUUUCCGCCCGCUGCGGUCCCUACGUAGCCUGGAUCUGUCCCGCAACCGCCUGGCGUCCCUGGCACCGGGCGCGCUGGCCGGGCUGCGGGCGCUGGAGCAGCUCGACCUGGAGGGGAACGGGCUGGGCACGCUGCCGCCCGCCGCCUUCGCAUCCACGCCCGCCCUGCGCCUCCUCUUCCUCCAGAACAACGAGCUGCGGGAGCUGCCCGCCGGCAUCUUCGUCCCCCUGCGUCACCUCCGUGUCCUCGACCUGGCGCGUAACCGGCUGCGGGCGCUGGAGCUGCCCCCCCGGCCCCCCGGCCCUGCCUUGGACCUCGACAUCUCGGGCAACCCCUGGGGCUGCGAGUGCCCGCUGCUGGCGCUGCUGCGGCGGGCGGCCCCGCGCCUCACGGCCACCCGGGACACCCUCUGUGCCAGCCCCGCGCGCUACCGGGGACAGGAGGUGGCCUCCGUGAGCCGGGCUGGGGACGCGGGCUGCGAGCCCGAGGGGGACGGGCAGCGCUCGCCGGACCCCUAGGCACCCCCCCCACCCCCUGCCAGGCGCCCCUGCGCGUCACCUCCCUCCCUGCCGCUCUGUCCCCCGGCUCUCUUGGGGAAACUGAGGCAGGGAGAGCGGGGGUGCAGCUGUCCCCAUGCCAGUGGCCCCCAGCCCCUUCCCACCCGGCUCAGCCUGUCCCGCGUCCCCGUCCCCACCCCGCCUGUCCCGCGUCCCCGUCCCCACCCCACAAGAGCCCAUUAAACAGGUCACUUGGUGCCACCGC